AUGGCAAUGGACGUCUAUGACUUUUAUGAUGAUGGUUAUGACGAGACCAAUGACGACGACAGCAUCGAUAUUGACGAUGAUGAUGAUGUUGGUGGCGAUGAUGAUGAUAUUGGUUUUCUCAUCCUUGGCUCCCUGAUAAGCUGCCUGGAUGCCGAGAUUGUGUAUGCCCAAAUAACAGGAAUGCCAAUGCAUUUACAACUUCCACCUAAUAUGAGGCCGCUGCAAUCCGCUGGACCACCUCAACUACAGAGGCAACAACGUUCUCUCUAUGGUGGGGGAUGGCAUUCACCAAUCCACCCUCCCCCUCCAAUUGGUUUGGGACACAUCAGCAAGGAUGAUUUGGUAACACUAUUGCAGGCAGCAAAGGAGGUGGCCAAGGAAGAGGCAGCGGCUGCAGCACCCCCAGAGCCGGAGCCCGAACCAGAGCCUGAGCCAGAACCUGAGCCUGAACCAGAGCCCGAACCAGAGGAAGCACCGGCGCCAGAUGCUGGUGCCAAGGCUCCACCACCUGGUGUGCCACUCACUGUGAGUUUGCCUGCCUUUGUGCCCAUUCAAUUGUCGGCCAUGUACACUGCCCCGGCACCACCUGCCGCCCCUGAAGCCCCAGCCGAGGGUGGUGAUGCGGGCGGCGACGAAGAGGCUGCCGAAGAAGGUGGUGAUGAGGAGGAAGCCGAAGAAGAGGAGGAAGAAGAAGUUGUGGAGGAGGAACCUGAACCACCAGCACCCAUUCAUCCGGCACCCAUUCAUCCCGGCUAUCAUGGUUGGGCUCCGGCAUAUCGUGGUUAUCCAGGUUCUAGGCAAUUGCCUUUCAGAACUUUCAGUAAACCACGUACCGUUAGCAAGGCCCGUAAGACGACACGCACCAAGUCGAGGAAAUUGAAGUCAAAAUCCAGAUCGAAGACUAGGAAAUCGAAAGCCCGCAAGGGUUCCCGCAAGGCCGCCAAACCCAGAUUCCUCAAAUCGAAAUUGAGAUAUGCCGGCUCAUCGCAAAGCUUCACAGCUCUACCUCCACCACCGUUUUUGUCCCGGCCCCCAGCACCAUUGAAGCUGGUGCCAUCCGAUCAAUUGCUCAGCAAUUGGAAUUGA